CGGGGAGAAGGGGUCGGAGGGCAACCGGAAGCGGAGGCAGUAGAGGGAGUGCAGGCGGCGUGGGGAGCGGUGGGGUCAUGGGCCUGGGGAAGGGGCGAAGGAAGGUACAGGGACCAGGACAUGGAAAGGGACUGGGAUCGGGACCGGGAGGAAGAAAGGGACAGGGGCUGAGACCAGGACAUGGAAAAGAACAAGGACCGGCCCCGGGAAGAGGCCCGGCCACCGCCGCGCCACGCGGCAGGAAGGAGAAGGCGUUGGCCAACCUGAAGCCCAAGCACCCCGAUGAACAGGAGAUCCCCUUCCGCCUGCGGGAGCUCAUGCAGAGCCGUGAGGCCAUGAAGUGCCCCAAGGCCCGGGCAAAGCGGGCAGCAGAGAAACCACAGCGUCCCCAGGGGACCGAGGCGCAGGGGGACAGCCCUGUGCCCAGGUUCCGUCAGCGCAAAGGGGAGUCAGAGCGCUCCUAUGUGUGGCGCAUGGAGCGGGAGGUGCAGCGUGUGCUGGUCCUCAGCAAGAUCCAGGUGCAGCGGGAGCCUGAGAAGGAAGAUGUAGCACCACAGAAGUCUCAGAGAAAGAAAGAGUUUCAGAACAAAAAGCUGGACAAAGUGCGGAAGAAGAAGGAGGAGAAGAAAGAGGCUUUGCUGGAGAAGAGCCUGUUCCAAGACCCAGUGCCAUUCGGUGAAGUUGUGACAGAGCCACCCACCAUCACUUCGCGGCCCCGCAGUGGGGGUCCCACUGAGCAGGCUGGUCGGAAGCGGCUCCUGUUGACACCUCGCCUGGGCCGGAGCCAGGCAGCCCCCACUGUGCCAGUGUCACUGGCUCGCCAGCGCAUCGUGCAGGAGGAGCGAGCACGCGUCAUCCAGGCCUACCGGGACAUCCAGAGGCGCAAGCAGCAGCAGCGAGAUGCAGCACGGGGAAACACCCGGCCUAGCAGCAGGGUACCAGGCUGACCCCACCUGAGGGGACACAACCCCUGGACUCCUAUGGGGAGCAGCGCUAGGGUUACACUGCCUGUGGGACGGUCAGCUGGGCACACAGGGAGCACUGGGAACAUGGAACCCUGGGACUCAGUGGGGACUGUUACCUUGUUUCCACUUUGCUGCCAGUACAGAGAUCUGCGCCCUUCCCAGCACCACGGAGUGGGGCACCCCACAGCCUCUCUGAGGCCAUGGACCUGUUUGUAGUAAAAGUGCUGAUAAAUGCUGA